AUGUUCCGUCCAAACACAACAGCUGACUUGAACGAAUUUCCAGCCUUAGGGACACCACCUACUAGAAACAUGAAUAGUCGACUUGGUACAAGCUAUGCUUCUACAGCUGGCAACCAUGGUUUUCAACAAGGCAAUGACCUGGAAGACUUGAAGAACAAUCUGGCAUUCAACAGAACCAAUUUUGCCAAUAACCCACCGAGAUCAUUUUCCAUGGACGAGUUCCCUGCUUUGCGUAGCUCAGCCACACCUUUUGAUAAUGCGAUAGGACGUGAAUCUGUUAGUAGUACAGGCAAGCCAGAACAAUGGUUGGAUUAUGCCAACUUACGGGACAGUCAACCACAAGGUAAACCUUUUCCGGAAAAAGCAACGGCACCAUCUGGUAGCGCUGAUUCUUGGACCAGAAAACAACAACAGGAUGAAGCCAACGAUGCCAAGUCAACAGAUCCAUACGGACUACUGGGACUUUUAGGUGUGAUUCGUAUGACCGAUCCUGAUCGUAGUAUGUUGGCACUAGGCAGUGACUUGACGACACUUGGAUUAGAUUUGAAUACAGCCGAGUAA